UGCAGCUCUGCAUUCAGUUCUUCAUUGUCUGUGGGACAUUUUAUAGUUUCUUUACUUUUGGAACAAAUCUAACCAUUAAAUAUUUACUCCUGUUACCUGGAGAUACAAUUCAACUGCAGGGAUUUACUGUAUCAAACCAAUGUCCUACAGAGAUCCACCGGAACCAAACUAUUCUAACAAUUAUCUCAGUAGAUUUGACUGACGUUGUAAGAGAUGAGAUCUAUGUUUUCCCACCCUGCCGUCCUGUUCCUGUGGAUUCAGAGUUCUAGUGGAUGGAUGCAUCCUAAAUGCCAGAUUUAUGACAGUAGUGAAGACUUGGGACACUUUCCCACCUGGAUCUGCAGCCAAAUACCUCAUCGUGCAGAACGUUACACUGCUGCCUGUCAAGAUGUCACAGCCAUCGAGGAGGAUCUACUUGGACUUCCCCCUAAUAUCAAUACCCUCUGCAUAUUUAUGACACAUGGUGAAAAUAGAUCCAUGUCUCUGGGCUUUUUCUCUCAGUUUCAGGAUCUGGAGUACCUUUACAUUAAGGGCUGUUUUACUCAAAUCCUUCCAUCUGGGAACAGUCACCUUCCAUCUGGGAACAGUCACCUUCCAUCUGGGAACAGUCACCUUCCAUCUGGGAACAGUCACCUUCCAUCCUGGAACAGUCACCUUCCAUCUGGGAACAGUCAACUUCCAUCUGGGAACAGUCAACUUCCAUCUGGGAACAGUCACCUUCCAUCCUGGAACAGUCACCUUCCAUCUGGGAACAGUCACCUUCCAUCUGGGAACAGUCACCUUCCAUCUGGGAACAGUCACCUUCCAAAUCUGCAACAUAUGUACUUAAGUAAUUGGGGAAUGGACUCAGAUUGCUGUGAAUGUCAUAUUGGGCCCCAUACAUUCAGAGAUCUCGUCAACCUAAGUAAUUUGACUCUUCAGCAAUGUCCCCGGAUGUUUUCCAUGGCAUUCCUCAGUUACAAAGUCUCAUCAUUAGGGAACCCUAUUUAGAGGAUUUGUCAGAGAUAGCAUGCAGAAUAAUGAAUAUUAAGUCACUUGUUAGGUUAUAUGUAGACGCAACAAACAUACAAUCGUUAAACAUUUCAAACUGCUCCGUCUUAAACACCAACGAAAGCAUGACACCUCUUUUUAACAAUCUAGCGAGGGUUGACUUCUCAUUUGGUGAAAUACCAUAUAUAGAAGAAGGUUCACUGGCUUGGCUCCAGAACCUCACAAUGUUAACAGGGGCUUUCAGCCAGGAAGUCCUACUGGACCUUCCCCUGUCUGGGAUAAAACAAAUCCAGGACUUCAGAUGCUCUGGGAUCAAUGUCAUUGAUAUUGAAAGAAUCUGUAAUGUAGUGUUUUUGCUUUCAAUCAAGAAAAUAUAUGUAAACAAUUUCAAUACAAGCAGCCUCUCUAUGUCCAGUGUUGAGUUGUGCACUGGGCUAGAAUAUAUGUAUUUAAGUGGACUUGGAUCCGUCCAUCCUUCUCCCCAUUUAAAAUGGAAUUUUAUUUCCAGUCUCAAAAACCUUAAUCAAUUAAAAAUAGACGGCCUGGAAGAUAACAGACUUGAUAUUUGCUCCUUCCAAAAACAACCAAUAACAUGGUUAACAAAUCUCACUUUAGGGUUGAAGAAUCAAAUGCUUUUUGCUAAACAAUUUAUCUGUCUUGUUAAGCUGCAGUAUCUGGAUAUAAAACAGAAU